ACACUCCCAUCGACUACAAUACACAGGUAGCGUGGAUGUUAGCACAGCGGCAGCAGCAGGAGAGAGCUAACAUCCAGAACGCUAAGAUGAGGAGUCACAUGCAGCACACCAUUCGGCGAAGUGCAGGUCUGAUGGAGGACGAUGAAGAGCCAAUUGUUGAAGAUGUGAUGAUGUCAUCAGAGCAGCGAUUAGAAGACCUGAACGAGGGCAUGGACUUCGACACCAUGGACAUUGACCUGCCAGCAUCCAAAAACCGGCGUGAGCGGACUGAGCUCAAACCUGACUAUUUUGACCCCGCCUCCAUCAUGGAUGACUCUGUGCUGAAUGUGUCAAUGUUCUGAUGCAGUCACAGUGGGAGCAAGAAGCGUGGCCAGUGCACUUUGCUCACUUCCUGUUCUCCAUCUACGUGGCGAGGCUACACUUCCUGUUUCAGGCCUGCGUGUGGGCGGAGACAGUGGAGCCGCGGUUCCGUGCCGCUUUUCCUUUUAUUUUGUUUCUAUAACUUAUAGAGAAAGGUUUUUUGAGGUUUAGAUGAUUUUCUAAAGACAAUCAGCUGUAAAUCAGAAGUUUAUAAAGCGUGUGAGGAUAUAAAUCGCCUUUUUAACUAAACUCCCCUUACACACUUUACUUUAUCGUCCAGUCGUCUUUCAGCCGCCGCAGUAACCGCGCUCCAGGACAGAAGCUGACUGGCUUCAGAAUCGCAUUAUUUUAAUAGAUUUUUCAGUACAUUUCAGCCACAAACAGAACGUCAACGACGUCUUUUUACUCACCAUGUAGUCGCUCAGCUGUGACGAGUCUGCUGUCUAAUGCUAAUGUAGCUAACAUGUAAAUGAAGUGCAUGGCCACCACUUUAGCAUGAUGCUCUAAAUAAACACGUGGGAAAAACGGUCACUUCCACAGCAUCAUUCAUGGCUCAGGGGCGUGGCUCGGGAGGUGGGGCCUAAAGCCUGAGUGAUAGAAUUGCUAGAUUUAAACCGAGUGAGGAAAGCGUGUCUGAAGUGACCGAGUCAGUAGUCAGUGUUAAUGUGGUGGUUAUAAGCUGUAAUUACACGUUAGCUACACCAUCACUGGAACUCUCUCCAGCUGAAGGAUGUUUGUGGCAAGUUUUAGUUUGUUUGUUUGUUUUCUCAGAUGAUUGUUUAUGGCCUCUCAGAUUGAACUCUUUUAUGAUAUUAUAAUAUAUUGUUAUAUAUCUAUUAAAUAUAUAAUUCUAUAUUAUUCUACACAGACUGUGUGAAAAUGUGAAUGGGUGCUGAUUUAUUUUCUAUUUAAGUUUUAUUUUAUUCUCCAUUAGAAUGUAACACUUCAGCAGAAGGAUAAAAAUCAUCUAUAGUCUUUAAACCCUUUUAUUUCUGCUUGGCUUUUGCUUUUGUUUUGUUUAAUUUGAAAUGAUAAAUCAUGAAAAGCAUUUUAAUAAGGGGGUGUGUUGUUUCCAUGGUGAUGGUAACUAGGGUGAGCGUGUAAUCAUGGUGACAGUUGCCGGGGGCUGAUAGGCAGUGUGUAUUCAUCCCAGUUUGUUUUAGACUCUUCCCCUCAUUAGCCAUGUGUAGAACUGCUGAAAGACUGUGUGUGUGUGUGUGUGUGUAAUAUAUAUACUGUAUAUAAGUGUUUUUUUUAUUAUAUUUACAAAAGAAAAAUGUCUGCUGUUGCAUUUCCUGUUUGUAUUUAUGUCUGGAGAAAAACUUUUGGAACAAAAUAAUAAACCCUCGGCUGUGAUUUCA